AUGGAUCAUCCGAAAGAAGGUUCCGGGGAAUCCGGGAUGCCUCCCUCUGCUUCUGGAGCUAAACUACUGAAAGUUAAGCAAGAAAUCGGAGCCAAGAUGAGGAAGGGGAAAAAGACAGCCAGGGAGGCAAUCGCGACCAGAGUUUCUAAACGGAAGAAGAAAGACGAUUCUAGUGGGAGCAGUCCUCACUCGCCUUCGUUGCUGAAAAAUCAAGACGUGGUUAACCUCAUGGUUCAAGCUCUCGCCCAAAAGGAGCUUGGCCGUGCCUGUAAUUCUGACGAAACCCCCGAGACCGCUCCGGAGGGUUGGUUCUGUUGCCAUGAGAAGUACAUCUCCAAGUCUCACUUGAGAUUUCCUCUUCCGACCCUACUGCUUGAUCUACUAGAUCAUUAUCAGUUAGCCCUUUCCCAACUCUGUCCCUCGGUUAUCCGGGUGAUAAACGGCUUUAUCACUAGGUCCAAAGAGGAGGGGGUUAGCGUCGGUCUUACCGAACUUAUGAGCCUCUUUUCCCUGAAGGAAAGCGCCUCUAAGGAGGGUGGUACCGGGACCUACUACCUCCCUAGUCGUCCCAAUCAUGUUAUCUUCAGAUUCUCUAGUAGUGAUGAUGACUGGAGGAAGAAGUAUUUUUACGUUAAAGUUGAUCCUUCGACGGUUCCUGGAUAUGCUUUUUUCGUUUUAUUCAUUUAUGGCCGAGUAACCUUUUGCUCUGAUUUACUUGCAGAAAUCGAAGAUCCCCCGAAGCUCUCUACCAAGCUCACCAGGGCUCUAUACCGCAAGUUGCAACAGAGUCCCUGUACCUGGGUGGCCUACACCACUUCUCGAAUAAGUGCAGCCAGAUUCCCAGAUACCUACAACGCCUCUUUCCAAGAUCCCAUUCCUGCUGAGAACCUUGAGAUUUCGGCAGGCGAUUCGGUUGUAUCGAUCUCAACUGGUGCUAGUGCUUCGGGAACUGAAAAGUCUCAGCCAGGUGACAUGACUCUGCGACCGUCAUUCCGUUCUAGGGGUAACCCCUCUAAAGCUGCCAGUGCUUCUCGUGGAAGCGACAGGAACCAAGGAGGAUCGUUCCUUAUCUCAAUGAAGGAAGUUUUGGACGACGGAGGAUCCAAACCUGUUGUCGAGACUACUCCAACUGAGGUUGUAGCUCAGGAUGCUGCUCCUCUCCCUGAGGUCCAGGUGCCGGAGGCUGACUACCAGGCUCCGAAGGGUACCUCUGAGAUCGAGCCGUCGAGACACAAGAGGCCCAGGAUCGAUCAGGGCGGAGCUUCCAUCCGUUCUUCUUCCUCGUCCUCUAGAGGAGGGACUGUUGGGUGGAGCUUUACCCAUUCGAAGCCUGGGUCGAUCCUGGAUGACUCUUGGGGCCUAGCUGCGAUAAUGAGGCACCUGAAGAGCGUGGGAUGUCCCCUUCCAGCGCUCAAGGACCUGACUAACCGAGAUGAGUAUCUCGAUAUUGCCCACUGUAUGGGUCAGUUGGCUGGGGCUGUUAACAGGGCCCAGCUCAGGUUUGAGAAUGCUCUGUGUGCUGCCCCCAAUGCUGGUGAACUUGCUGAGGUUACCGAGAUGGUUAAGGCAGCCAAAACCGAUCUUGACCAAGCCCGGGUUCGAAUUUCUGAACUCGAAGCCGAAGUGACGAGGCUAGGCUCGAAGGCCGAUGCUCAGCAAGGAGAGAUCGAGAGUCAAAAGCUCGAUAUCCAGGUGAAGAGCAGGAGGAUCAAUGAUUUAGAGGCUGCUCGAAAGAUAGCUGAGCAUCAAGUACGUGAGCUCAUUGCCUCAUCCCGGGAUAGCCAGAAGAACAAGGAAGCUGAAGUCAAGCUGGCUGUCAGGGAAGGGAAGAAAGAAGUCGCCGAAGCUUACGGCAAGAUCCUGGUCUGUGUUAAGGAGAAGUUUGCUAGGAAGAAAGAUGAGGUCGACGCUUUGGUGUACGCUCAGGAGCUCCAAGCUAAUGCCGACCUCUUGAAGGAUAUGCUGAACAACAAGAUCCAAAGCGUUGAAGAGGAGUACAACCAAUUGGUGGCCUUAUUACCAGAAGCGACAACUGCGUAUGAGAAGGCUCAAGUCUCUGACUUCUCGGUCAGCAAGCUUCCUCUUCCCCAGAUCUCGGAGAGUUCAGGUACUUUCGAGAUUAACAUGUUUAAUCCAUCCUUUUCUGGGGAGUAUGGCUCUAAUUUGGGUUUGAUGGCUCCUGACUUAGCUCCAGUCGAGGCAGCAAUAGGAGGUGACGGCAAUGUGGUCGAUGAGGGAGUUCCUGCCGGUGCUGGUGAUCCGAUUCAGGAAGAGAAGGAAGAUUGAGAGCUACGGCUCUUUUAACUUUAUGUUUUGUGUUUUUAAGACUUCGGCCUAAGGGCUUUGUUUCGUUAUGUUUUGUGACUUAGUGCCUGAGGAGGCCUUUAAACCUUAACGCUUGCUGGAUUUCAAUAGCCUGGGGAGGUUUUUAAACCCUUUCUUAUGUUUAAAUCGUGGCUAUUAUUUCUGUUUUAAGUUUUUGAACUUAACCUCGUUUCAUUUAAUCAUAGUGAUUGCGAAUCUCA